AUGGAUCGCGCCAGGCUUGCGGAGAAUGGCAUCUUUAUCGAGGACGGCGAUGGAGGCUGCGAACUGCUUCCUCCUCACGUCGAGUCGCUCCAAGACGCGUUGCUCGACUUUAGACGGACUAUCCCAGACAAGUUCGGAUUCACCGAAGAAGAAAUACUCCAGCUCCUCGACGAGGACGGCAUCAAUGCGCGCGACGACAUCCCCGGUGAUGACCGCGCCGAGAUCUCGGCUGACUUGGAGUUUUGCGCCGGCGUCAGGGAGUUGACGAAUCACCUUGUCCAGGCGAACCAGCUUGGGUUUAGCGAGUAUAGUGAGUAUGACUGGAAGGUGCAAUUUAAAGAAUUGCUUCUUGAUACGUUGGUGGAGGAAGCCCAAGUUUGUGACGGAGACACGAGGCAAACAGCACGUGCUAAGUUCUACUACGACUCGUUCCAGGAGGCACGAGAUCGACCAUGGACGUUAUUCGGACCAGACGGCUCUGAAGGAACGCAAGGUGAUCUACCAGCGCCGAAGCCAGGAUGGGUUGCGCACUUCCCCGUCUACGUGAUCUCACCGGCAGAAUACAACCAUCAGCAUAGCGGUCUCCAACAGUUUGCCUCUAGUCACUCAAUCGUUGACAACUUUUCGCAAGUGACCCUCGAACAUCUUGCUGGUCAUGGACUGCAGCCGAGUGCCACGGGAGUCACCAAGACGGGACGAAGGGGGGCUACCUUGUCCUCGGAGUAUGUGCUCUUUCCGUGGCUGAUUGUCGAACACAUGAAGGAUGAGUACAAGGGCAAUGCGGAGCUUUGCUAUAGCCAUGCAGCAAAUGCUGGCGCGGCUGCACUGAGGAUGCUCGAGAAUCUGUCCAGACACGACAACCAGUCCCUUGGGGACAUUCCGCCUGUAGUGACAAUGACAAUCAGGCGUGAUCUGGUUCGUGUCUGGAUCAUGCAUUCAUCACAUUCUAAAGGCACUUGUGAGAUGCAAGUCAUCUGGAGGGGCUCCUUAACCCGCAUGGUGGACAUUCUCGAGCUGAAGGCAAUUCUCGAAAACUGCCAAACCUGGGCGACUCGAGUGCUACGGCCGUGGAUCUCUAGACAGAUUGACCUCUGGAAACAGCAAUGUCCAGACGAUUGUCCCAGACCAUUCGACGCCUCUCUUAGACGCCGAGCUGCGCAGUCCAGAAACUCGAGUAAUCGCCCCACAAGCGACGAGGACGUCCCCGAGAAAGAAUUGAAAAAGAACGAGAACAAAGACGUGGACUUGAGACAGAUUAUCAGAGAAGAACAUGAUUGGCUAUUGCAACAACUGUCAAAGGACCCAGUCGAGACAAAGAGACCGACCCGAUCGAUAGCUACGCAGACAGGCCCCGAUGACGACAGACACCCCCUGGAGAAGUCGGCCGUGCAGCCGAUGACCCUGAAUCCCACGACGCCCUUCCCUAGGAGGGAGAUUUUGGAUCCGAAGCCACGGCUUGCCAAGACAACUGCCCCCUCUGGGUCCUCCCUAUCUUCCGACAAGGGGGGAACUGCACCAACGAACACUCGACAAGAGACGCAUGGCAGACAACGACAAGCCAGUAGCGUCGAUAUUUUCAAGAAUAGGAUGAAAGUAUAUGAUGAAAAGCGCAUAGUUGUCAUUAAGCUGCCUGAUGUCUCGUCGGAUGAGAUUUUGGCACAGAAGCCUUGGCUAGGGGCAAAGAAGAGUUCUGAAGUUGAGAAGCAGACCGAGGCAGCGUUGACACAGGGGAGCCAAGAGAAAAAGGGUGAAGUGGAGGAGAACACAGUUGAGAAGGACAAGGCUAAGGAGCAGGACGACAACGGAACUCGUGACAAGGACGAGACAGAGGGGGAUGAAACCAAGGCCAAGAACACUUACAACAAAGACGACAAUGGGAAUAACGGCAAGGUGGAUGACGAAAAGGAAGGCAAAGAAACAGAGCUAAUACCAUCGCUGAAAGAAGCAACAGAAGAGAUCAAUACGGGCUCGACUCUGACGACCGACGACAAAGGAGAGCCGCCAGAGGGCAAAACCGGAGCUGUACCGAUUCCGGCGGAGGAAGACGCGAAAGGGGAUUCGAAUCCCGAGCCGCUGACUUCUCCAAAGGAAUCUUCUACAUAUACCACAGAGACGACCGAGAACGAGAGAUCUAGCGAGAUUGUCAAGGAAGAGAACCCCGAGGAGAGUAUCGAGGUCGAGCGAACUGAGGAGAUUCCCGCGAAGAACCUUGACGAAGUUAUCGAGAAAGGUAACUCCGAGAAGGGUACAGAGGAAGAAGAGAAAGCAAAUCCCGAAAAGAUUAUGGAGGAAGAGAAGCCUGAGGAGGUCACCGAGAUGGAGAUCUUCGAGCAGAGAGCCAAGCACAAGAACUCCAAGGAGACCAUCGAGAAAGAAGACUCUAGCGAGAGUAUAGUCAGGGAGAAGAGCGACCAAAACCCUGGUAAUAUGCCAACCAAGCUCCCGCUACCGACACCCGAGCCCGAACCAGAAGAUCCUUCAUCUCCUAAUCCGCCGGCACCAGCUGAGCAAUUGGUCUGGCGCAAGGAUUAUGGACAGAACAAAGAUGACGAUCACAAGGAGUUGGAUCAACCCACUGUCAAGCAAGAUACACCACCUCCCAGAGAUGGAGUGGUCAGUACUCCGCCAGGAGAUACACCGAAUACCUCCAAAACAUUUCAAGGCAUUCUUUCUCCUCCCGCAGAGACGAAGCCACCAACCGUAUUCGACGCGACACAAUGGACUCACACGAAGUUUGCAUUUGGCUCCUCGAGCGAUUCGAAGGAGCCGCCCUUCACAUUCAAGAUGAAGACGGAGGGCAGUGCCGAGGAUCCAAGGAACUCUUCAAUACCCAGAACUCAGGCAAAAGAUGCCAGACUCUUCGACUGGCCUAAAGGAGACGACGAGGACGGGCACACGCUUUCAGAGAAUCCCCGACCAGUGAAGCUGAUCAAGGGGAGUGGGAGCUUGGCACGGACAGGAGGGGGGACGAUAAUAGGCGAAGGAGAGCCCGAGUUUCUCAAGACCUCCAAGUCCAACACAGGAUCAAAUCCUGGCCCAGGCAACGAGGACUCUCAAUCUGGAGGCGGUGAUGAUCCGACUCUGAGUAGUUCGAAGGGGACCGACAAGACUCCCUAG